AUGUUUGUCCGCCCAAAAAUAAUUCCAGUACAGGGUGUUUGCUGCAAACUGAAAAUCCUCCCCAUCACUUUUCUCACUAGCCUGCGAACAGCGGACGCAUUUCCGGAGGGAGAGAAGCGACGACCGGAAAUGCCUCUGCUGUUCGCAGGCUAUUUUUUCACGAAAUUUUCACCGACAUGUGGACCCCUUUCUUCACCAUUCAGACCCCCUCUAGAGUAUUGCCGAGUAAAAACCCAGAGAGACGCCUGGGAACGUAUAACCCUCAGGCACUGGUUUGCAUACGUAGGUUUUGUUUGGUUUCGGUCGAUUGAGUCUGUUUCUAGACUUGUGAUGAACAUGAGUGGUAGAGAUUUGUCAAAAUUUCGAUAUGACAAGGCCAUAGUCUGUGGGAUACCUUCAUCGCUGCCUGCUGCUGCACAAAGACAGAGUGAUUGCCUGGAGCCGGUUAACUUGAGCAAAGCAUUAAACCAACAUGCUAACUACGUUCGAGCUUUGAAAAAUAUGGGAUUACAAGUCAUAGAGCUUACAGCGGACGAACAGUACCCAGACUGUGUAUUUGUUGAAGAUGCUGCAGUGGUGUGUGGUGACAUUGCUUUAGUUUGUAGGUUGGGUCACCCAACCAGACGUGGCGAGUCCGCCAGGAUGAAAACUGUGCUACAGGAGCUUGGUUUGAGUGUGGAAGAAAUGGAACACCCUGCUACUCUAGAUGGAGGGACGUCCUCUUCACAGGUAAAGAAUUCUUAG